ACGUUUCUAUAUAAGUAGAUUCCAUCCAGGUGUCCAACAUAAACGAUUUAACGAAAGAGGAGGACAAUAAUGAUUGAUGAUUUAUAUGCAAGGCACAAAGAACGUACUGAGCCGUUGCGCAAAAAAAAAAAAGAACGUACUGAGCUAUUCAACAGAACAAUCCGAGCUUAAACACCUAAAAGGUUAACCAUAGUUCUAGACAACAUGAGCAAAUCAGCUCUUUGUUUUUACAAGCGUAGCAUUUUCCCCCGUUUUGCAUUCUGGAACCGGAAUGUAAGAGUUUGUGUUAAGGUAACAUCAACAGCAGUAGCUAAAGGAAGGCUUUCUCCUCUUGAGAAGUAUGUAGACAGGGCCGUCUAAUAAGAAUGUGCAAAUGAAAGGGUCCAACUGAGUCCAAAUCUAUAAAAAAAAAAAAAUUUUAAAAAAAUGUGUGCAUAAAUUAUGGUCUAAACUUUAAUUAUUAAAAUAUAAUGCUAAAUUUAGAGUUUAUUUAUCAUUUUUUUUUAAAAACGGUAAAGAUAUAUAGAUAAAACUAUUAACUUUUAUAACUAUUUUAUUACAUUGUUAAAUUUUCUAUAAAUAAUUUGAAAAGAUACUGUUGUAGAUAAAACAAAGCUACGUGAAUUGGUUGAUAAAAUAAAGGUAACGAGCUCUUUGAUAGAAUGGUUCAUGUUUUCAUUUUUUUUUCCUUCCUCACGUGGAAGCUCAGUAAUGUUUUGAAUGAGACUACUAUAUAAGGUUGUCUGUCUGAGCCACAAGAGUAUAAUAUUUGCCUGUCAAUAUACUAAAAUUAAAGGGAGUUUAUUGCAAUGACAUCAACCUUAUCUAGAGACAUCGAAGUGCAGUUGAAACGGUGGAAGGCCACUGCACAUGAUGCUCUUAACCCGCGUGAACAAGCUCAGUCGUUGCUGAGAGUUUCGUCAAGUAACAAGGCUUGAACUAGGCAAUAACAGUAUUAAAGAUUAUAUUCGGUAUAAAUAUUAUCAAGUGUUGCGUUUGUUUUGACCGGCCGGAAGAGGUAAUCAAUGCUCAUAAAUAUUAAUAAUGUAACUCACCAUCAAGGCAGACAUAAUAACUAAUCUGAUAUAAUCCUCUUAUCAAUGUGUCUUUAUCAUUAUCAAUACUCCCUUUGUAUUGAUAUGUAAGUAGUUUUAACAAAAAAAAUAUUUGUUUCACAGUGUAAGAUGUUUACAUAAUCCAAAGCACCUUAUACAUUUAUUACAUGUUGUGUGACCAAUCAAAUAAUUCAUACAUUUUUACUAUUGGUUUAAUUUAUGUAUUAAAUGCUAUUUUUUCAAAAGUAAAAGUUUUUUUAAUAUUCACAAUUUUAACUAAAACUACUUACAAAUAAAAACAGAUAGAGUAUAUCAUAAGUGCAUCAUAAGAAUCAUUUUCAGUGCAUAUUAACCAACGGCCAUUUUCUUUCAAAACAAAAAAAAAACUUGUGCAGCCAACAAAGCUUAGAGAUCCGACACCGGAAAUGUUCAGGCCAUGGCCAUAGCGACGUCUGGGUUUUCAAUAUUCAAAACACACAGCCAGGCCUGCACACAGCGAGACACAUGGUGUUAGUGCAUAACACAAUUAACUACUAAAGGUCCACAAUCUCAUCUUCACUCUUGAAUAGUACAUUGUAAGAUUGUAUGGAAAAUGGUGGCAUGUUCUCUGAAUGAGGGAAUGUGUUAUUUAAGAUAUAACCACCAAAACUCUGUUUUGUUCCAGCGAAGUCGGUACUGAGAAAUUAGGUGACGUCUUUAUAGAGAAAGUAUAGUUUUAAAAUUUAACAGUAGUGUUUCUUUUUUAUGUGCUGCCUCCAUUUAUGCCUUCGUUGUAUGACAUGGGGACCGACAAAGACAUCAUAAACAGAAAAAAGAUAGAGAGAUAAGAGACUGUUGCAUAUCUGCAAAUUGGUAUUAGUUAGAUUUUAAAGUAAAACACAUUGUUAAAACUUAAGUAAAACCUUAUUCAUGACCAAAUUUCAAAUACAAUUAUCAAAACAUGAAAAGCUCAAUAUUUGACCAAUUAAAUACCAAAAAUAUAUUUUAAACUGAAUAUUUUAAUAAAUUACUCGUGUUCUAUAUAUUUAUUUAAGUACUUGUUGAGAUUAUUUAUUAUUUUAGAUACUUAUUUAAACUGAGUUCGGGACUGUAUGAUUAUUUUUAGUUAUUGAUUUUUUAAAGGUGUUUCAAACAUUCAUUUGGUUACAUGUUGGGUUUGAAUAAAAUCCAAAACCCAAAAUACCAUAAAACAAUACUCAUUUGUGUAUAUGUUUGGAUUCAAGUUUUUCGGCUCAGUUCGAUUUGGAUUUUGGCGAUCAUUUUUUUCUCCGCCCUAACAUGGAAAAAUAUGUAUUUAUGGCACGAAACAAUUUAUGCUAUGAAAUCCACUAGCUAAUCUCCAUUAGUAUAAUAUCUUAAAAUAGGGUUCUAAGCAAUGAAAUAUAGUAAUAUGACAUAAUAUAAUUAUACAACUAAAUCGAAAUUUCAAAGAUAAAAUUGAACUAAUUCAAAAAUGCCAAAUACUUUCAUAUUUUUAAUGAACAUCUCAAAGGUUCUGAAUGAAAAUUUCUCUUUAUUCUCUUUCAUAAGCAAAAUACUACAAUGAAAAUAAACUUUAAACCCAAAGCCUCUGAUGAAACUUGCUUUUUAAAAUAAGUUGCUUUUGUUCUUUUAUUCUCUCCCAAAUGAAUUGCUUGAUUCUUUUUGAAAAUGGUAAGCCAUAAUCAUUAACACUCCAACAACUAUAAAUGGGAAAAAGUAAUAAAUUCUCAUCACCCAACCAAUACAUCAACACUUACAUCGUAUAUAUAAAGACGCUAUCACACCUUUCUAUCUAUCUAAAAGUGAACAAUCAACAGAUACAUAUAUACAGAGAGAAAGAUCAAAAAAAUAUAUAUAUCAAAACAUCGAACCAUGGAGCAAUCAACGAGAUCCCUAAUCAUAACCAUCGUGAUAACCUCCAUGUUGGUCGGGUUUGGAAGCUCAGAUCUGGAUCAAGACAGAGAAGAGUGCACGAACCAGCUGGUAGUACUUUCACCGUGUCUCACCUACGUGGGUGGAAACGCAAAAGCUCCAACAAAAGAUUGUUGUGGAGGUUUUGGUCAGGUUAUAACACAGAGUCAGAAGUGUGUUUGCAUAUUGGUCAAAGACAAAGAUGAUCCUAAUCUUGGCCUCAAGUUUAAUGCAAGCCUAGCCGCUCAUCUCCCCACCGCUUGUCAUAUAACGGCUCCUAACAUCACCAAGUGUAUUUCGCUUCUGCAUUUAUCUCCAAACUCGACAUUGGCUAGAGAGUUUGAGAGCUUAGGAAGGCUUGAAGCAAGCGCCAACUCUGCACCUCCUUUACAAAAUGUUAAAGAUGGGGCAGGAGGAGGAAAAGCUGAAUCAGUCAAGAGUGAUGGAGGAAAGAAAAAGAAGAGUUGGUUGGCCGUUGAGCUUUUAAUAUUUGCUCUUUUCUCUCAUCUUCUUUUAGUUAUAUCUUCUUUUACCUCUUCCUCCUUUAUUUAAUGUAACUUUGUUUUCAAUAUCUUUUAUACUUUAUAAUCGUUUGUCAACUGAUUUAGGAAGCUUACAAAGUUUUAUUAAAUUAAUAAAUAAAAAAUUAGAACGAUGCU